AUGAGAUCUAAAAUAGGUGGUUAUUGUGAAGAUGAUGAACAUCAUAAUAUACCAAGGAGAAUGAACAGUACAAUAAAGGAUUCUUAUUUGGAAAGUCGAUUUCACGCAUUGUCCUCUGAAGAUAAUUUACAGGGUUCCUUUACUUCUAAGGUCCACGAUGACGAUCUACAGAAGCGAUUUAGUGCAAUAAUGCGUGAAGGAGAUUAUCCAAGGACAUCUGGCAAUUCAUAUAGGGAUAAUGAUUAUUAUGGGAGAGGAUCUGGUACGAGAGAUGGUAAGCACGAUGAUGAUUAUGGCAGAGGCUGGUCGGGUGACUAUGGUCAUUACAAAAAGAAGAGCGACUCUAGGCAUGCUUCGGAUUUAUUAAAGUACGAUAAAUAUUCAGGAAGAAGAGAUCACUCAUCAAGAGGAGGUCAUUACAUGGAUAGGGGACACUAUUCUCGUGGUCGAUCAGGCCAUAUAUCACGUCCUCCUGUAUCUGAAGAUUUAGCCCAUGAUAUUGAUAGACAAGAUCAUUAUUAUAAACAGUAUUUAGAAUCUCACGAUACCCCUUAUAGCUUUACCACCUUUGAUAUUAGUAAGAAGCCUCACAUGCCACUUUCCGAUAGUCAAACACCAAUGGGAACACGUGAUAUCAAACACCUAAUGGACAAGGUAGAAUUGCACAAAAGUGCCCUAAAAUCCAUGUGGGAAGGUUUUAUUAAAUUUUUAAAAAAAUCAGAUGCAAUGUAUGAAACAGAAAUAUUACGUAUAUUGGAAGGUACUACAGGUUCUUAUGAUGGGCAACACAUCCAACCAAAAAAAUAUAAAGGAUUAGGAGGCAUACUUAAGGAUUACCUAACCAUCCUGUCCCCAGUUAUAUCAGUUGCUACAUUUUUGACCUUGUUCGGCGUGUUUGUGAUAAAGGAGGGUAUCAUCAUAACAUCUAUUGCUCUCAUUGCAACCAUGUUGUAUGUAUGGUACAAAUAUAAGAAAUGCAAACAUAUAAAUAGAAUAUACGGAAUCUAUGACAAACAACAAUUAAUGGAGCACAGUGCAGAACAAAAGAUGGAACCAAUCAAAAAUUCAAAAUACCUCAGAUAA